AUGGAGCUUUCAAUUCACAGUACUUCAGUCGGCGCCGGUGGAUACCGCCAAAUCCGACACCCCCGGCCCGCUUUCCAGUUUCCACCACCGUCGCCGGACUCAGCUCUUCAGCUACCGCCACUGAACGCGUUUCAGUGCUGGUUGUUUGCUGCAUUUGUAUUUGAGAAAUCGCUAUUCACUGCACAUAACUUGAUCGAUGAUAUGCUUGUUCAGCUGUUGUCGUUGGAUGCAUCAUUUUCUGGUGAUGAAGAAGCAGAAGAGGUGAGAGAUCAUGAUAAUGAAGGGAAUGAUCUAGGUGAAACUAUGGAGGUUCGGCCGAUAUGUGACGAGGCAACAACGACUCCACGGCCAGAAGAUGAAGUGGAGGUUGUCAGUCCGUCUGAGAUAUGCAACGAUGAGAAUGAAUUCUACAGCAGUCAGCAAGGCCGCAUUCCAUUGACGGAAAUCGUGGAGGCUUCUGAGAUCAACUCGGAGAAAAGGUUAGAUCGUGUGAAUAAACCAAUGGUGAAAGAUCAAUGUGGUUCUAGUCAGAAUAAGGAUGAAGAGAACUUCACCCCGAAGAAGGAGAACGCCUCCCCCGAUUCCUGUCUAGUUAGAUCCCUGGGAUCGAAAUUCGACCAGGCUUUGAAGAGUGAAUCAGUCUCAGACUAUGAAAGUUUUACUUCAGACAAGGAGAACAUGACUCCGAACAACCAUCUGCUUAAGUCCAUCAAGAAUCCCUUGAAGAUAGAUCGUCGCGUUAUUCUACAGGAACUGAAAUCAGCUUCCAAAAGCCAUUGUGAUUUCAAGGCAGCAGAAAGGGAACCUUUUCUUCCGCUGCCUGUGGUUUCCAGCGGUGAUGAUAAGUCCACACCGACACCUCCAGUUCGUGAAUGCACGGAGAGAGAAGGAACAUGUGUUGAUCACUCCAAGGCGAGUGGGAACAGGUGGAUUAUUGUAGUAGACACUGGUUGUCUGCUGAACAAGAAGUCGAGGAGAGAGCUGCAGCUGUUGAGAGGUCUCCGAGGAACUUCGUUGGUCAUUCCAAGAAUCGUUUUGAGGGAGCUCGACUGCAUGGUGAGGCGUGCUAGUUUCCUAUCAAGGAUGACAGAGGCUUCUUCUGCGCUGCAAUGGAUUGAAGAAUGUAUGGCUUCAACAACGUGUUGGACUCACGUGCAGAGCUCAGCAGAGGAGAGCAGGCUCGUCCCACCAACUCCGCCUGCUGCUGCCUCUGCCCGCUGGUUAAGCGAGGAAAAAUGUGCAUUCUCUGUUGGCUCAGUCCCCUUCUCUCCCUAUACUCUGCAAGAAAUCGUCACUCCAACCGCUGCAGACCACAUCCUCGAAUCUGCUCUCUUCUUUAAGCAAGCAAUGGACCGGCGACUUGUCCUUCUCAGCGAUGAUGUCACUUUAAAGAUCAAAGCCAUGGCCGAGGGUGUCAUCUGCGAAACAGCAAGAGAAUUUCGCACCAGUCUUGUCAACCCUUUCUCAGCGAGGUUCUUGUAUUCCGACAGCUCUCCAAGAGAAUUUCGCACCAGUCCUUAAGGAGAAAUACUACCCGAGCCCCAUGAAGAAGGCCACAAGAUCGGGAGACGGAGCUAAAGGUUUGAAGCUGAUACUGCUGCACAACUCCAAUUUCAGACAGAUGAGAGCUUAGGCUGCUGAGAGUUUAUGCCCUAAAUUUGAGUGCUUCUCAAUUGCUCAAUGUAUGUUACUAUAUUUUCGUAAUAGAUAUAAGGAAAUGGAAGUUUUACUUU